CCGGUGCGUAAAAAGGACCGGCGGCCACUUUUACGCACGGAGCUGCUCGGCUCAGUGUGGACCUCGGAAGAGAUGGUGCACGGACAUCCCCCUUUUGUGAUCCUUCUCAGCUUGUUAGCCCGUCCGAAAGGAUGACUUCGGACAUGUGUGACUUUCUCGAGGGCUCGCAAAGCACAGCAGGAGGCAUGCUGACGACCAAUGUUUCCAAGUCGGCGGGGGAAGAAAACGCCACCGGGGCCGACUCCGGUUGCAGUUACGUGUCGGUCGUCUUCCCCAUCACCAUGAUGGCCACGGGCAUGGUGGGCAACUCUCUGGCGCUCAUCCUGGUCUACACCUCCUACAGGAAGAAGGAGAACCGAAGGAAAAAGUCCUUCUUGCUCUGCAUCGGGUCUUUGGCGUUGACGGACCUUUUCGGGCAACUCCUGACGAGUCCGAUCGUGAUCUCGGUUUAUCGGGCCGACUUGCGAUGGGAGCGCAUCGACUCGUCGGGCAAUCUGUGCGCCUUCUUCGGCGUGUGCAUGACCACCUUCGGCCUGUGCGCGCUCUUAAUGGCCAGCGCCAUGGCCGUCGAGAGAGCCACGGCCAUCACCAACCCGCACUGGUACUCCAACCACAUGAAGACCAGCGUGACCAAGCAGACUUUGGUGGUCAUCUGGUGCCUGGUGUUGCUCUUCGCCCUCUUGCCCGUCGCGGGGGUGGGCAAGUACACCCGCCAGUGGCCCGGCACCUGGUGCUUCAUCAGCACCGGGGACAGAGAAGUGCCCGGCAACAUCUUUUUCUCCUUCACUUUUGCCAUACUGGGGAUAUUCUCGCUGCUCGUCACGGUGUCCUGCAACGUGGUCACCAUCCGCGGCCUGAUCCUUCGCUGUAAGACCAAGUCGGGCACGUCUCAGGCCUCCAAGCACUGGGAAAGACUAACCACGGAGACCGUCAUUCAACUCAUGGGGAUUAUGUGCGUCCUGCUUGUGUGCUGGUCUCCUCUGCUGGUGCUGAUGCUGAGGAUGAUCUCCACUCAGGUGUCCUCUCAUGAAUGUAGUCCAUCAGAAGGGAGCUCCCAUCCCUCCUCCGUGCGAGACGUCCAGUUGGACUGUAACUUCUUCCUGACCGCCAUCCGCCUGGCCUCGCUCAACCAGAUCCUGGACCCGUGGGUUUACUUGCUCCUCAGAGAGAUCCUCCUUCGCAAGUUCUGCCUGGUGGCCAAUGCGGUCUCCAACUGCUCCAUAGAGGACCAGAAGGAGACCCAAACUGCUCUGGAUGCACUUAAUAAGCAGAACCAAGAAAGCCUCCAGAAGCCCCAAACUAGCAAAGAAGACUUUUGAACAAGAAAGAUUUGCACACGUAAAAUGGAAAUCCUGCAUGUGGAAGUGUAUUUUCUUUUCAAAAUGUGAAUACAUUUCAUAUCAGAGAAGUGUGACUCGAGUCCAAACUGAAGUGAUCUCUCUUUUUUCUUCUUCUUUUUUUUUUUGGGUCAUCACCUUUUUACAUUAAGAUAAAAACCAUCUCUUGUACAGGAAUGUAACUAUUUUUGAUGACAAAAAGUUGGGGAGUGACAAAGAAUGCAAAAUUAUUUGAAAAUGAUGACUGUGUGCUAAAUACUUUCCAGGCCAAACACUUAUAAUGCUGCCUAAGGGAUAUCACUGAAUGUAAAUAAAAUGUAAAAAACUACGUCACCAAUGCAAAUCACACAAUCCGGUGGCUUUAUAAGCUUCUGUUAAUAUUGAAUUAAGUGUUCUGUUAAUUCAUGGUGUGAAGUCCAUUUUUAAAGGAUCAUGAAGUUUGCUCUAUGUGCCAAAUGCCUAGCAUCGCAAUUACAUGUAUUAUAGAGACGCGCUCAUUUACCAGUUAGGUAUUUAUUUAUUCAUGUUAUUUAUUUUUUUUUUAAAAAAUGCCAUUUUUAGCUUUCUCGUUGAGGAACAUUAUAAACAAGAUGCCGCAAUUGUGCCUUCCCCAGCACAAUAGCCAGCAGAAACAGUGCUUGCUGGCCUGUUUUGUGUGUACAGUGCAGUACACGAGCUGUGUGCUGAGCAACCUGUCCCGGUGUAAAUUUCUCAUUUGUUUCACAAGAUGUUUCAUAGUUUAAUAUAAUCACCUAAUUAAAAUGGAACAUACGAUAGGAUGAGGAAACGCGUGUCUGAUGAGCUCUACGCGUGACCUCUUGAUUUUUCUACGUUAGCAUUACAAGAAAUUACUGCUCCGUGAAACGGAUGCGCCACUAAUUUUAAGUGCUGCUUUUAAUGAGGAGCAUCAAUUCCAAGCACAUGUUCAGAUGUCAACAUAAACCUCCACAACUUGUGUGGUUGUGACAUUUGACUACGUCCCGUUUUCAUGUUGCCUUGACUCAAAUGGUUUCCACAUGAAUCUGAGCCAUCUUAAUCUAAUUUUACUUCCCCUGCACAUAGGAGUAUAAAAAUAAUUGUCAAAAUGUAUCUACAGAUUUUGACAUGUUUUCUUUAUUUUGGGUUAAAAGGGAUUUUUAUAUUAAAAAAACUUAUGAUUCAAUUUUUUUUAUAUUUUCGUUCAUUUUAUGAAACUAGUUUUGUUUGUUAUUUUUUUAUGAAAAACUGUACAUUUGUUUUAUCAGAAAAAGGAAAAGUAGUUUUAGUUUAUCCUUUAAAAAAAUAUACAUAUUCCAUUUAGAAGAAAAAAAGUUUAUUUUUACUUUUAGUUUGAAAAAUGACAAAAGUGUAAUUUGGUUUUGAAAUUAAAAUACAUUUGAUGUAUUUUUUCUCUUUCACAAACAGUGGGCAUAUUAUCCAUAUCAGAAGGAAUUGAUCAGUUUUUCAUUUUAUCCAUACACAAUUUAUAUUAUUUCGGAUAAAAAUGAUGACAAUUUAACAUCUUUAUGUAAGGAAAAACAACAAGCGUGACAGAGUUUCGGAAUUGCUGUUUGAAUUCAAAAGCAACAUUACGCUUUCUUGAAUGCUCGAUUUUCCAGUGACAGUCAGCUUGAAAAAAAAGAAAAACCUGACAUGAAUUACAUAUGUAUCUGGCAUCACGGUGAACUGAGUAAAAGUAUGACAUUUUCUCAAAAUAUCUAGCACUAAUGACUUUGCCUUUAUGUCACUAAACUCAACUUUAGAGGGAACAAUGUUUGGUUUCAUUUAACAGUCAAAAAUGUUACUCUUGUCCGAUGAAAUGAGACUUUCAGCAGGGAAUCCAAAACCGCAAUGCCACCAAUUUUCAUAUGACGCUUGUUUGUCCAAAUUCCUGAUCGAUGCAGGUUUGACCGAUAAACACGUUGCCUUUGAAUCAGCAUUUAAGUGACACACUGAACCUUGCAUGUUUGUCUUUGAAAUGAAAUGCUGGGAUCACAUUUGUAUUCAUGCGUUUGACAUAGUAAACACAUGCAUACCGUAGACAUAUCUGUAAAAUAUUACAUACGUAUCAAACAUGGCAAUUUCAUCCAACUGAAAUGCAGAGAAAUGGGGGGAAAAAACAUCAAAGCACUUAUGUUGAAUUGAACUUUACUGACCUGAUUCUUAGAUGAGGGCUAUUCACACACAUGCUGGAACAUUGCAAAUGUUUUUUUUCUUCCAUUUUCAAUGUUGUGUUUCAUAAGAAAGUAUACAGUAUUAGGAAUGCUGUCACUGAGCAACCUUUGAUCAUGUCUUUGAAGUCUGCUGAGCACUUUUGAGUCAUUUGCAAUCGCAAUGUAACUUCUUACUUUAUGUGGCGCUUCAAUGUUGUGAGCCAAAUAAAGAAAAGAAACACUUUCAAUGUUUGCAAUAGGUGUUUAUUCUUUAUUACAUGAUAUAAUCAUAGCUAAUAUAGGUACACUGAUCAAAGACCAGGAGCAAUUCCUUGCUUGUAUGUAAAAGUAGAAAACUCAACGCUCUCUGAAAUUGAAAACGUCCGCAUUAAAGCACUUGAUAAAGGUG